AACAACGAAACAUGGAAUCUAAUAGAUUUUUUACAGUGAGCAUAGUAUUUGUGAAUAGUUUUGAAAAAAAAGAAGAAGAACACAGGAUGUAUAAGAUCUGUUUGGAAAAGCUUACUAAAAGUCCUUAUUUAUUUAAUUCUUGUGAUAGUGAAUCUAUUCAAUUGCUAGCAUCACAGCUCAAGUCUAGAAAAGUGCCUUGCUGUAGUUCUGUUAUUAACUGCUUAAAGUGCUAUGUCGAGUCUGAAUUCCCGAUCGUUGAGUCAAAAAUCCCAGGGUUGCGUCCUAUUGGAAUAAUAGCUUUGAAGCGGAAGUCACAUCUUACUGAUCUGGAAUCCAAUAUUGAACAUUAUAAUGAAGACAAAGAUGAAUAUGAUGUUGGUCUGUUAGAAAGAGUAGAAGGAGAACUACAAUUUCAGGAAGAAGCAGAUAUCUUUAAUACUCCAAAAAUUGAGAUGCUGGCGAGUAUAAACAUGAAAUCGCACUUGAAAAAAUAUAAUAUUGUUUGUCUCUUUGAUAUUGAAUUUCCCUAUACCAAGCAAUUCUUUAUGAAAUUAACAGAUCAGAUGCAUAUUAUGGAGA